CCGUUUUCGUCAGAUAACUGUAUGGUAUCCAUGUUCAGGCCCCCUGGAGGAUCUCAGCUUUGGAAUCGCGUGGUGUCACCUUCACGUGAGGUGUGACAAGCAUCUGGACUCCAAUGAUUAAGCCUGUGAUCCAAUUGGGCGCUUGGGUGAGAGUGUUCGAUUGGAAUGAUGGGCGACUGAAUCGCUUUGUGUGCGUGACCCCAGAGAGUCUGACCAAGAAAGACUUGAAUCAAGAUGAGUCGCCAUGAGCGUAACCCGAAGCUGCGGGACGGGUUUAAGUUCCGAGCAGGCCAGUCAAUUCAAUCUCAGCGCGGGAAGCAACGACUAUUGACGCAAAGACCUAGGCACACCGACACUCUCUGGGCUGAGCGGGUCAUCGAAUUGUGUUUGUGCGAGAGAGACCUGAGAUUGUGCUGGCGGGAGAUACUUGUGAUAUAUAUGUGCAGUUUGAUUGUGCACCGGAAGAACCACGGUAGGUGGGAGAAGCAGAUACUUUUUCGCGAUCGUCUGGGACUGCGGUUCCUGAUGGGAUGCGUUGAAUGGUCUCGUGUUUUCACAAAUCCCAAAGUCAGGUCAACUGAUGCAGACGCUCCUGAGAGUUGGAGUGCAGCAUUCGAGACAUGAAACAGCGACUCGUGUGCCGGAUGUGUAUCUCGACGUCUGGUGAGAGCCAACAGAUAGCAGAGGCAGGCAUACGAGGCCUGUACAGCCAAGAAACCCGACAUGGAGACACGCUGCGGAUAUCGCUUUUUCCAGUACCGUCGUUCUCAUGCCGCGCAUAGAUAGGUUCGAUUCGGGCUGUUUCCGCCGGGUUUCUUCCCGUUGACAUGUAUCGGCUGCUUAUGUGUGAGACGCUGAGACAAAUACCUUCGAAAAACCCGGGGUCGCUGUGGAUUCGGAAGACGACCAUCGCCUCGCUGGCUACUAGUGUCCCAUGUGAUCCGUGUUGACGCGUUCAUUACAUACAGGUGGUUUUCGGCCAAUGAGGUCGAUGUGGGUGUUGUUAGAAUACAACGCGGACCCCGUGGAUAGCCUGCUUGGAAUUCAAAUAAGUAUUCGAGGGUCGAUUACAAGUUUAGAUCGUGGCUGUGGUGUGAUUGCAUCCGCUUAGAUAUCGAAUACUGUGACCGUGAUGCACCAACAAACACCGCGUACCAAGCGUGCCAUUGCUUCAGCUUGUUCACCCAUCUCGUCAACUUGUAUGUCCAGGAAGGUCCCAAGGAGUGACUCUGCGCCUGUCCCAAUCCCCAUGCGCUCAUCACCAUCUUCGGAAUUCACACGUCCUUCGGAUAAGCAAGUGGUAUUUUUAGCGUAGGAAUAUAUCAACCGUCUUCCCAUAUUCCCGCGCGGUCAUAUUUUUGAACGCUGGCCCAAGGCAGGCGAACGCGUAUCGCAGAAGCCUGUGUCUGGAGGGCUCGAAGGUUGCGUCUCAUGCUGGCUGUCGCGUCCAUUCUACGCGCGCUUCCUCACGACCACGAGCUCGCGCCGCGGUCUCACCAACACCACGGCACGGAGACAUCAGGUUGACAUCGAGGCAGAAAUAGAUCACGCUCCAGGUGGAUGCGGCUACAGCCCUACAUCAUGGCCCAGAUAAAAGCAAGCUAUCAUUGCUCCCGCAUGAUCAGUGCUUCUUACGAGACCCCACUCGCCUCCCGUCAUCAUGGCCUCUAUGGAACACGAUGAAAAGGAUGUUAUUAACGAGAAGGCCCCUGCGACGCCCGUGGACGAGAAGAAGAGCCACUCGAGCGAGGACAUCGAGACGGCCGGGGACCGCGGGGACGACGAGUUCGCUGUGCUCCGCGACGAGCGCGAUAUCGCGACGCACGUCAUCACCGUCGAGGACGACGAAACGCUCAACCCGUGGACGAUCCGCGCCUUCGUGCUCGGGCUCGGUCUGUCGGCGUUCGGUGGUGUUUUGGCUGAGAUCUACUACUUCAAGCCUCAAACUGUCUCCGUCUCGACCCUGUUCCUGGCUAUCAUCUCGUACGUGCUGGGAACAGCAUGGGGAUCUCUCCCGCGAGGCAAAUCCGGAUUGCUCUACUGGCUGAACCCGCACCCGUUCAACAAGAAGGAGAAUGCCUUCAUCGUCAUCAUGUCCAGUGCCGCCGCGACCUCGGCGCUUGGGACCGAAGUCCUUGCUGUCCAGCGGUUAUAUUACAACAUCACGCCGAACCCAGGUGCUAGUAUCUUCCUGCUGUUUGCGAGUCAGCUCGCCGGGUAUGGAAUCGGUGGACUGCUUCGCCCGAUUCUGUUGUACCCCUCCAAGAUGUUGUAUCCCGGCGUUCUCCCGCUCGUGUCGAUGUUCGAUGUCCUCUACAGGGACGCGGAAGCUGCUCAGAAGCGAGUCAAGCUGUUCUGGAUCGCAUUUGGCUGCAUCUUCCUUUGGGAAAUCUUCCCGGAAUGGAUCUUCCCGCUGUUGACGGGAUUCUCCAUCUUCUGCCUGGCAGACCAGCGAUCCCCGCACUUCACACGGAUUUUCGGCGGCUCGAACGGCAACGAAGGACUAGGUCUACUCUCGAUCUGCUUUGACUGGCAGUACAUCUCCGGCGGAGUGAACCCCAUGGCGAUCCCGCUCAAGGCGCAGUUCAGCAAUCUGCUCGGGUACAUUCUGUGCAUGAUCGUCUUCGUUGGCGUGUUCUACGGGAAUGUGUGGAAUGCUAUGGCGCUGCCCUUCCUCUCGCAAGAACUGUUCUAUGCCAACGGCACUGUGUACAACCAGACGCUGAUCUUGAACGAGAACCUGGAGGUCGACAAGACCUUGCUGGCCCAGCAGGGGCUGCCGUACUAUGCCUCGACUUGGGUGGUGCAACUGCUGGCUACCAACUUGAGUAUCGCAGCGACCGUGACGCAUCUCCUGCUGUGGAACCGAAAUGACCUGAAGGCGGCCUGGAGCUGGGCCGCGCCGUCCGCGCUCAGAAACUCGGUGCGCAACAUCAACUGGCGGUUCUGGCAGGACGACGGGCUGCGCACGGCCCCCAAAGACGACGCGAACCUGGACCCGCAUUACCGAGAGAUGCUCAAGUAUCCUGACGCGCCGAACAGCUGGUACAUCAUCUCCCUUCUGGUCUCGUUCGUCAUGGGCAUGGUCCUGAUCUACAAAACGAACUCGACGCUGCCCUGGUGGGGAUUCAUCGUUUCGCUGAUCCUGUCUGCGUUCUGCACGCUGUUCUUCGGCGCGCUGUACGGCAUGACCGGGCUUGCGUUCAUCAUCCAGCCGUUUGUCCAGAUGCUGGGCGGAUUCAUGCACCCUGGAAAGCCGAUGGCCAAUAUGUACUUUGUGCUGUUCAGUUACAACUCGGUCACGCAGGCCCAGCUUCUGCUGCGAGACCUUAAGAUCGCACAGUAUAUCAAACUUCCCCCGCGUGCAGCGUUCACAGCCCAGAUCAUUGGAACGUUAUUUGGUGCUAUUCUGAACUUUGUUCUGAUGAACUCGAUUAUCGAUAACCAACGCCCGAUUCUGCUUUCUGUGCAGGGGACGAACAUCUGGAGUGGCCAGCAGCCGCAGCAGUACAACUCCCAGGCCAUCGCAUGGGGCGGACUAAGCCACGAGCUGUUUGCGGUGAACCAGCGGUACCAGUGGGUCGCAUGGGCCUAUCUCGUCGGGCUGGUUGUCCCGGUCCCCUUCUGGCUCGUGCACCGGUACUGGCCGAAGCUGCGCACGGACUAUCUCUACACACCCAUCAUCUGCUACUACAUCGGCUGGCUGUGCGUGGGCAUCAACUCGUCGAUCACGAGCUACUUCGCGAUCGCGUGGAUAUCGCAGUGGUACCUGCGCACGCGCUACCCGCGCUGGUUCACCAAGUACAACUACGUGCUCGCCGCGGCGCUCGACGGCGGGACGCAGGUGAUGGUGUUCAUCCUGUCGUUUGCGGUCCAGGGCGCGUCGGGCAACAGCCAUCUGUUCCCCGAGUGGUGGGGCGCCGAUCAGAAUGGCAACUACGACCGCUGUGUGGUCAUCCCCACGAACUAGAUCGACCCCCUUAAUGACUGAACGUCAUUGUUGUACUUACUCCCUGACACGAAAAUACGAACUGAACCAAACGAUUGUGGC